AUGCCGUCACAAGAAGUGGGAGUUCCCAUACCCAAUGUGCCUCAUGCGGUGUCUGUAACGUUACCUACGUGGGAAGCCACUGUUGGUUAUGAAGAAGGCGAGGACUGGGUCACCAGCAAGAUGAGCUCGGGGUACCCAAGAUUUUUCAUUCAUCAAAUAAUUCAAAAAUUGUGCCGGAAACUAGAAGCAAAGUAUGGUCGUGAGGGGGAAGCGUGUCUUGUGUUUCCGAGCUACAAGGUUGCAAAGAGAUGCCGUCAAUUUAUCAAAGAAAAGUACGAAGGCGAUGCGCAUGUUAGAGUCUUACAGUUGAGCACAAGUGAACCUGUGAAUGAUUACGAGCGAUUGACAAAAGUGGGUACAACAAUUGGCGUUGUGUUUUUCCCAAAAGCUUUGUUCCCGUUGGCCAAGAAUUACUGGCAGCAUUCAGGGGAGGUUAUGAGUUCAAGAAUGGCAGAGUAUGUGUUGAAAGAGUUGUUUGAAAAUGAUAAAAAUUUGCAAGGCUUGAAGGGUAACUGGAAACAAGCAUUGCAAGCGCAAAAGAUUCAAUCCAGAUCGCCAUCGAUUACAGCAUCUCGGGCUAGUGGGCGUAGCUCUGACAGUCAAGUGAAUGAGGAAGUAGAAAAGGAGUUCAACACCUUUAUCGAACAGAAAUAUGGACGUGUUUUGGAUUUCAAAUUUGCCAAGGAGGCAAAAAGCGCAUUGAAGAGACGGAUUUGUGGGAAAGUGGACAAAGAUCAAGAUCCAGAGUUGGAGAAUAUCGAGCACCUGAAGAGAGGAAAGCAUUUGACCCCAUCGGAUGUGUACUUGUGUCCGUCUGGUAUGGCUUCGAUUUUCUUUGCCCAUCAUGCAUUGUUGAAUAUUUCCCAAGCACCGGGAAUUUCUGUGUGCUUUGGUUUUCCCUACACUGAUACGUUGAGCAUUUUGAAGAAAUUCGGACCUGGUGUCAAGUUUUUGGGAAUGGGAGAUGACGAGUCUUUGAACCAAUUGGAAAAAGAAUUGAAAGAUGGGUUGAAGAUUAUGGCAUUGUUUUGUGAGUGUCCCUCCAAUCCAUUGUUGAAAACUCCAAACUUGAAAAGGAUAAAAGAGUUGGGAGACGAGUAUGAUUUUGCUAUUGUUGUUGAUGAAACUGUGGGGAACUUUAUAAAUAUUCACGUUUUACCGUACGCUGAUAUGGUUGCAUCCUCAUUGACAAAAGUGUUUUCAGGCGACUCAAACGUAUUGGCAGGGUCACUCAUUUUGAAUCCAUCAUCGAGGUACUAUUCGAAGUUGAAGCAGUUUUUUGAUGCGGAGUACGAGGACUUAUUUUGGGAUGAGGAUGCAUUGUGGUUGGAGCGUAAUUCAAGAGACUUUGUUGAUCGUGUUCGUAUCAUUGAUGCAACGACAGAAAAAGUGGUUGGUUUACUUGUAAAGAAUCCCAAGAUUGCUCGAGUUUACUAUCCCACUAUCGGUCCUUCAAAGAAGUACUAUGACGAAAUCAAGAACGAAAAUGGUGGCUACGGAGGUUUGGUGUCGUUUUUAUUCCACAAGCCUGAAGACGCUGUUUCCUUUUUUAACAAGGUUGAUCUUCACAAGGGACCUUCCUUGGGUACGAAUUUCACAUUGGCUUGUCCUUAUGCAAUUCUCGCCCAUUACCAAGAGUUGGACGAAAUAGCUCAAUGGGGAGUCGACAGAAAUUUGAUUAGAGUUAGCAUUGGAUUGGAAGAUCCGGAUGAUUUAUUAAAAAGGUUUCAAGAUGCGUUAGAUUAG